UCCGGCGGACAACACUCACUCAUGUUGUCAGUGUGAGUGUAGAGGAGACUGGAGCACAGAGCACAGAGCAGGCAGCAGCAGCAGGAGCACAACAAGCACAAGCAAAGUCCCGGCAGGUGGGUCAGCGAGGCGCCCAGGUGUGUAGGUUCGUCUGGCUAACUCUACAGUUUUCCCAAAUAACCCCCUGACAAUGUCAGGUCUGGCUGAGCGGCAGAAAGGGAGUUUUUUUAAGCUGAUUGACACCCUUGUCUUCGAAAUUGGAGAGCUGAAAAUGGUUCACUCUGUUCCCGAUGCAAAGGAAGAUGCUCACUCUGCUAGGUGGCUAGGUUUGCGGAGGGAUAUGGAGUAUAACUCUGAGAAAGAACAAGCUGCUAAAUACUGGCUGAGGGAUUCUGGCUACGAAAGCUUCAUCUGCAACCUCAGCAUAUUUGAUCGCCUUCUGCACACCUAUCCAGUCUGGCUACAACUCGGCUUGAGUGAUGAAAUCGCCCUUCGUAUUCUGCAGCCAGAAGACCCUGGGAUCUUUCUGGUCCGAAAAUCAUGCAGGACUCAGAGGAAAAUCAUAUCCAUGCGAUUACCCGAGUCAGGACCACGCUUUAUCCAGGACUUUCCAAUCAAGGAAAGCCAGUAUACCUUCUCCCUGGAAGGAUCCUGCCUGAGUUUUGCAGACUUGUUUCGGCUCAUUGCUUUCUACUGUAUUAGCAGGGACGUGUUGCCUUUCCCUUUAAAACUGCCUUGUGGUAUCACAACUGCCAAGACGGAGACAGAACUGGAAGCAAUUGCAUUCUUGGGUCUCGAGUUCUGGAGUUCUUCUGUGUACAAGAGAGCAGCCAAGAGUCCCCCUGCACCUUCCACCAGUCCACUCAGCACUUGCACAGAGGCGAGGCAACAGUCUCUCUCAAACAAAGUACAUUCCAUACGGACUCGAACGCCUUCGGAGCUGGAAUGCUGCCAGACCAAUGGUGCUCUGUGCUUUAUUAAUCCCCUCUUUCUCGAGGUCCACAGUAAAGACAUUCGCAACAGCGUGAAAAGGCAGUGUCCGCGAACCGGGGAGACGGGCAGGCCCUGCUCCCCACCUCCUCGCCCACCGCCACUGCGGGCGGGCACAGACAUGAACCAGACGGUCAGACACCCGGGGGCUAAAGCUGCUCCGAUUCCACCGCCUCGCUGCAAGAAGCUGGCAAACAGCUCGGAGAUGGAGAGAAACCUGACACCCCUGCAUGAUGAUGAUGGGACUGCAGUGAAAUCGUUUGUGGCGGAGGAGGCAGUGACUGCUGCCGGCAAGGGCGAGGCACAAGCAUUACACAACGUGGCUCGCUGCUGCAACAGUGAAGGAUCAGCUGCGAGUCUCAGCGCUCACAUGCAGGAGAUCAAAGAGAGCCAGAGGCUGAGCGACGUGAGCAUGUCCACAACGUCCACGGAAUCAGACUCGAGCAACAUGGACGUGGACCGCGGCUGCCCCUAUCACCAAGACACCAACAGCAGCCUGGAGUAUUCCGACGGGGAGAGCGACCAAGAGGUGCCCCCUCCGCCCUGCAACCCCAAGAAGAAACGGCACAGCUCGUUCGUCUUCCCCAAAAUGGUCAAGAACCACAUUCAGAAAGUGAGCGGGGUGUUCAGCUCCUUCAUGACGCCAGAGAAACGGAUGGUGAAGAAGAUAGCAGAGAUGGCCCGGGACAAGCAGUCCUACUUUGGGUGCCUGAUCCAGGACUACAUCAGCUUCUUCAAGGAAAACAAGGACUGCCACGUCUCCAGCACGGACAUGCUGCUCACUAUCCGCCAGUUCAUGACCCAGGUCAAAAUCUACUUGACCCAGAGCUCGGAAUUGAACCCGCCAAUUGAGUCCCUCAUUCCCGAGGAUGAAAUAGAUAUUGUUUUGGAGAAAGCAAUGCACAAAUGCAUUUUGAAGCCCUUGAAAUCUUACAUUUAUACAACUUUGAUACAAUUCCAUGCGGCUGAUGGCUCCUGGAAGGAGUUGAAGGAAAAUCUGAUCUCAGUUAAACAGAAGGUACCUCAAGAGCUGGGAGUUAAUGCUGCCAUCCCUGACACUGUUACCCUGGAGAAAAUAAAACAUAAAUUUUCAAACAUGCGCAAGACGUAUUCUCCAGAGAAGAAGGUAUUCCUACUGCUGAGGGUCUGCAAAGUUAUCUACACUGCUAUGGAGAACAACUCGGGGAGAUUAUAUGGGGCUGAUGACUUCCUGCCUAUGUUGACCUACAUAAUAGCCCAGUGUGAUAUGCCGGAGUUGGAUAAUGAAAUUGAAUACAUGAUGGAGCUCUUGGACCCAUCUCUGCUGCACGGAGAAGGUGGCUAUUACCUGACUAGUGCAUAUGGAGCCCUGUCGCUAAUAAAGAAUUUCCAAGAAGAACAGGCAGCCAGGUUACUGAGCUCACAGACCAGGAACACUCUGAACCAAUGGCACAAAAGGAGGACUACGCAUAUUAGAAGCAUUCCCACCGUGGAAGACUUUCAGAACUACAUGCGUGUGGCCUUCAACAACAUGACAAGUGGCUGCACAGCCAAGACGUUACAGGUACAACCCUUUACCACGACAGAGGAGCUGUGUGCCCUUUGUGCUGCCAAGUUCCACGUGGAGGACACUGAGAACUACGGGCUCUUCCUCCUCAUCAAUGACACUUGGCAGCAGUUGGCUUCCGACACCUUCCCCCAGAAGAUCAAGGCCGAGCUGCACAGCAGGGCCCCCCCUCAGCUCUUCCACUUUGUCUACAAGCACCUUCACAGUGACCUCCCCAUCAACACCAACAUCGCCUCCGAGGAAUACGAUCGAACUCCGUGAGCAAGGACUUGCGUGGUCUUCGAGCACCUCGAAGACUGUUUGGUCGUGCUUGAGAUGACUUUUGUGGCACGCCAGAGGGCGCUUGCACUUGUAACCCUGUAGACCUUAACAUGUGAAGCCUUGCCAAUGUUCGUGGAACUGUGUGCAAUGCUCUGCAAGUGAUGCAGCUGGUUAUUGGGUCAUUGCAUCGUCUUGAAACAGGUAUUCACUCUGUGUGUGGCAAAGAGCAGUCAGAUGCAAUGCAUCAGUAAAACUCACUCUAGUUGGAUGCUUUGCAUCCUUCUCUUAAACUUAAAAAGUGGGGAUAAAAUCAGUUUGGGCGCAGGCUGCAUGAAUGGUUUUAUGCUUAUAGGAAAACUCUGUGUUUCUGUGGAUCCCAGAGACAUUAAUUUGAUAGCAGUUGCUGGUUAACUGAGAGGCCUUUUUUUAUUAUUAUAUUUUUAAGCCAGAAUUUAUUAUUAUUAUAAACAUCUGGGCAUAUAAUGGUAACAAUUAAUUUGGGGAUUUCUUUUUUAUUAUUCAUGAUGUAUAUUGAUUUUUUUAAAUCUCUUGACCAUAAUGGUGGCGCUGACGAAUGAAAUUGUUCUUUAGAUCAUUCACCUUACAGCUGUUGUACUAUAAGAUGAUAGCGCGGAGGUGCUUUCUGCCCCAUGACACCAUCUGGGUUUCAAUUCAGCUCCAGCAUCAAAAUGGAUGACAGCGUGGUGCUGUACACGAACUAAGUGGCCUUUGUCCAGGGAAAGGAUUGCUGAUCCAGGCUUCGUAAUUGGUGUCCAGUUCCACAUUGGUUUAGUUUGGAAACAGGGUCCUCAGCCCACCGAGUCCACGGCCACCAUCGAUCACCCACUUGACUGUUGCAGAAUUAAUUAACUGGAAUGGUAUCUGGGAUGCUCGAUUUCAGCUAUACGGAGGGAUCAGAGGUGCAAAAGUUAUUUCAGAGUAGAAAUGUUCAAGGGGAGAGGUGAGGGAAGCCUUCAAAAUCAAGGAGGAUUUAAAUAGAGUGACUAAGGUGAAUAUUCUCUGGUAGAUAGUCAGAAAUCAGAAAUAAUUGAUUUAACACAAUUGGCAAAAGAAUUAGAGGUGACAUGAUUUGCUGUAUGUUGCAGUGAAUGGCAGUAAUUACAGCAAGAUUUAAAUAGAUUCUAAUAUCUUUCAAAGGGAUUUGGAUGUGUGAUUGAAAGAGGUGAAAUGUACAGGGGUGUGGAAUGGGAAUAGUACUGAUUGACUAGAUUGCUCAAAGAGCUGGCUGACAAUUCAAGGGCCAGAUAUUUCCUUCCUGUGCAAUAUUGCUCUAUGGAUCCGUGGAGGCAACGUAAGGUGACAGAAAUAGCAAGAGGCCAGGCCCUGGAGCACAGUGAUAAGCCCAAACUGAAGUCUGUAUAAAACCUGUACUUUAUAUAAGCCAAGAGUGCUUGGUUAUGAUAUUGUGCCAAGAUAUAGUGGAAAACGUUUAUUUGCUUGCUAUCCUGGAAGAUCAUAGUAGAAUGGAAACGCACAAGAGGUAAUGCAAAAACAGAAAGAAAACUGAAAGAAAAGUAGUGCCAGAUAUAGUAUUACAGCUGCAGAGAAAGGGCUGUUAAAAAAAGUGCAAGGGCUACAACAAGGUAGAUUGGAAGGUGGAGAAUGCUUGUGAGAGUUCUGUUCAAGAGUUUUUUGAAUAGGGUAGUAUCUGUCUUUACGGGAAAGGGAAGGAGAGGGAAUGAGCUGAAUGCGAAUGGUCCUUGAUUGUGUUGGCUGCUUUCCCAAGGCAGUGAGAGAUGUAGAUGGAGUCGAUGGGGAUGGAGUCUGGUUUGCGUAAGUAUCUGGGCUGCAUUCACACCAUUCUGCUAUUGGGCAGAGCAAUUGCCAACCAGUUGCAACCAGAGAGUAUACUUCCUACAAGCAUCUGUAGAUAUCAUUAGGAUUCGUUGAAAAGAGUAAGGUGUGUUGCUUUUCCUAAUAUUAUUUAUCAUGGGGCACAUCUUGCAUUCUUGGUGCAGCCCCUUGUACCAAAAAGAGCUUUUAAUAUUAUAGAGGUGGGCAUUGGAAAGUGAGGAUGGGAGGGGGGAGAAAGCAAUCUGCAUAAGAAGCAAAAAAAUAAAAUGGUUUUUCAAAGGGUGUGGAUGGGCCUGACAGUGAAGGAGUUAAAUAUGGUCAAGUAUUAUAGGUUUAGCUUCCAGCUUCACAUAUCACUUGAAUCCACCUUCUCUGCUGCGCUGCCAGAUGAUAUCAUGGGUAGAAAGCAAAACCUGAUACUGUAUCUAAAGUCAGUUGUUUACAUCUCUGUAUCUUUCCCGCAAAAUAAUGACCAUGUCAACAUUCCACGCUAGCAUUUUAGUGCUAUACUAAAUAAUAAAAUGUCAAUAUUCA